AAUGUCGAUAGAAGCUUGAGGGGGAGCACUCAGUGCGCACUGGUGCGCACUCGUGCACCCGGUUGAAUUCGCUAUAAUUUAAUUUUUUUAAUAAAUCAUCUAAUAUUAUGUAAUAAUAAAUUAAAUAUUAUUGAAUUCAAUAUAGAUUGUAAUUAAAAUACUUUUGAUUGUAAUUAAAAAACUUGUAUUAAUAUUCUUUACAUACCUUUAUACGAUUGUAUAGAUUUAAAAAUUUAUUAUGGCUAGCUCAAUAACUACGUUAUGUAACAUUCUUGGAAUUGACAGAGUAAACAUGGAUGGUAAAAUGAUUUUAAUCAAAGAAGAACAUGGUACCAAUGCAAACUUUUUGGUGAACGCCGUUGUAUCACAUGCGUUAAAAAAGAUGGACACUGCGAUUUGCCUUGUUCUUUGUCAUAACACUUUUGGUCAUUAUCACAACAUUGGGAUGAGAUUUGGCUAUAAUCUUCUCGAUCUAAAAGAAAAAAAUCGGGUUACUGUGAUCGAGCCAAUGAAAAUUAUAACCAAUGAUAUCAUUGAUAUGUGUAAGAAUAUUACAAAUAAAAUGGAAACAAUAAUUCCUGAUGUUACUUCUGCAGAGCAUAUAGAUGUUGCAUAUAAACUCUUUACAUAUGUCAAAGAAAAAUAUGAUGAAGCUGCAAAGUUUACUAAAUCUGUUGUUCUUAUCAUCGAUGAUAUAAAUCAUUUUUUUGAUCUUGGUCUUGAUGUAUGUGAUAUUAUGUAUUUUAUGAAAUAUUUAAGAUCAUUCCUGGCGUUGCAUCCCUCAUCACAACUUUGUAUUCUUAUUCAUGUAUUUCGAGAGGAUUUACAGACAUCAAAUGCAGACAUCAUUACUAAUGCCUUAAAACAUUCUGCACAUUUGUGUGUUACGACACAACCAUUUAAGACAGGAUAUUCUACAGAUUCAUCUGGUAAAUUAAUUGUUUAUUGGAAAACAGAUUCUAUUAGAUCUAAAUUUCAUUGGAUAGAGAAAAUGACAUAUCUAUUUAAGUUGUCGGAUUGGCAAGUAAAGAUUGGUACAUCUGGUGAAGAAUAUGUUUUGUAAUAGGUAAUAAUUAUUAAUAAUUAUUCAAU